AUGUCGCGCGCAUCGUCCCGCAAAGCAGCCGCGUCUCCCGGCGGUGUGUCCUCGUUUAUCAUGGCACGGUCGCAGCAAGAUCGAUUCCACUUGGCCACCGUCGACCACCACGACUACAACAUCCACCUGUGGCAGGUUGGCCUGUCGAUUGGGAACCGAGAAUUGCUCGUGGACGCCGAGCUCAAGCUCGAGGCUGGUGCGCAUUACGGCCUCGUGGGUCGCAAUGGCACAGGCAAGUCGACGCUGCUGCAAGCCCUCGGCGACGGGCUGUUUGAAGGCAUUUCGUCCCACAUUCACGUCAUGUACGUCCACCAGUUGUUUCACGUCGACCUGGAAAACCCAGAGCUGUCUGUCGUGAACGUGCUGCUGAGUGGCGACAAGCAGCGCGUCAGCCGUCAGCACAUGAUCGAGUUGCUCGAAGCCGGCCUCGAGACCCAAACGCUGCACCAGACGUUGAAGCAGCUCGAAUAUGAGGCCGUCGAAGCGGCCCGAGCAAAGAUGGAGCGCGUCGCGAUCAAACGGAGUGGUCUGCGCGGCCUCACGGCGCGGAACAAGCUGCUGGCGCUCGAGAAGGACGUGGCCGUAGCCAAAGCCGCAUGGGAUCAAGCCAGCUCCAACCCACCGCCUGACACGGACGACGAGAUCCUAGCCGCUAACAACUGGCUCGAGUCACUGUACGAGCAAGAGGACAUGUCGAACGAACCGCGGGCGCGUGAAAUCCUCGUGGACAUUGGACUGCCCGUGGAGCAGCACGAUCGCCCGUUCCACGAGCUGUCUGGGGGGUGGAAGAUGCGCGUGUUCUUGGCCCAGAUUGAAUUUCUCCAGCCGAACCUGCUCUUGUUGGACGAACCGACCAACCACUUGGACCUUCCUCGCAUCCAGUGGGUGCAAAACUUUAUCCAAACCCGGUUGGAAGGCGUGACGAUUGUCACGGUCAGCCACGACCGUGAAUUCCUCAACGCUGUUGCGGACAUGAUCAUUGUCGUGAAAACGAACAAAACUCUCGGGUAUUUUGCCGGAAACUACGACACGUUUGAGCAGACGAUCCAAGACAAAGAAGUGUUCAAUGCUCGGCUCGAAACCAAGUUGAAUGCGCAAGUCGAGAAGAUGGAAAAACAAGUCGCUCAAAUGUCGACGCAGGCGCGCAGGUCGAACGACGACAAGAAAUUGGCGGCCGCGGCGUCCAAGAAGAAGAAGAUUGAAAACGUCGGGAACCAAAAGAAUGCCAAGGGCCAUCGACUUCGCGUCAACAAGGAUCGCAUCGGCCACUUCUUUACCAACCGAGACAGAUCCCAAGACCAGUUCAUCGAUUUGCACGUGGUCGAGCCAUGGAACUUUCCCCCGACGCCGGAUGUCUCGACUCACUCGGUGCUGAGCGUUGAAAACCUCACGUUCAGCUAUACGGCAGACAAACCUCUGCUGAAGAACGUAUCGUUCAACAUCCACAAGGGCGAACGAGUAGUCUUGAUUGGAUGCAAUGGCACAGGGAAAUCGACUUUGAUCAAGUUGCUGUGCCAGUCGAUUCCGGCCCCGGCGGCGGACUGCAUUAAAGUGCCUCCCCUCGUGCAAAUUCGAGCGCUGACCCAGGACAUUGUCGAAACUUUGCACCACGAGCCCAAAACACCGCUGCAGCUGCUGAACGCGGAAACGGAAGAACUCGGGCGCAAACACUUGGCUCGGUUUGGACUACGAGGGGCGUUUGUCAGUGCCGCGCCGACCAACACGUUGUCUGGAGGUCAGGCCAUGCGACUCGCGCUCGGGCUCAUCACGGAUACCAAGGCGCGGUGCUUUUGA